AAUGAGAAGACGUAAGGAAAAACGCAGCAAAAUAAUUGUUAAAGUAUAUCGUGUAAUUGAUUUGGUCAUGGAGGUGCCAACAACCGCAUCAAAUUGUUUUGAACGGCAACACAUCCAUGUCCGUCCUGCUACCUACCAUCCCAGUGACUUGAUUGUUCGUUACUGCCUUCGUACGCCCGCUCGGCUCGUUUUACCCAAAUUGUUUAUCUAUCUAGCUCGAAGCGUGAUCAACGUUGACUUCAUUAAACAAUCAGCAAAUCACAAUAUAUAUAAACCAACGAUAAAUCUUGGUGAUUUACCCUUCCGCUAGGAACGUCAAAUGAACUUGUUGAAGCUUUUUGGAUGCUCAUAGUUAUAUGGCGAAUUUUGAUGGAUGGAGAGGUACGGGCACAAACAAGGAAGACUAAAGAAGGCGUUAGGCAGGCGACAAGGCAUGCCAAUCUCCCAACAGCAGUCAGAUUAUUUAAUGUUG